UUAAGCUUGAAGGAAAAAGGAAACUUGAGAAAUAAGUUAACUUCUAAUCCUACCGAGUUAUGUUUUAAAGGAUUAGGAAAAUAUCCAAUUAUGUUAUACCUAAUGAGUUUAGGUAAUUUGAGUUAUAUAUAAGGAGAUGCAAGUGUGUUGCAUAACUUACGAGUUUUGUGAUUGUGUGAGAACUUAAGGUUUUUGAGUGAGUUUUCCUUAAGAGAUUAAUAAGAGAGUUAUUCUUAUUAUUGAGUUUUAUACGAUUCGAAAUUCUAUAUUUGGUAUCAGAGCCAGGUUUCGAUCCUUUGAAGAGCGCAUGAAUCAGGUGAUGAGAUGCAUCGAUAGAAUCAUCGCGAUGAUGGAUCGAGGAUCCCUCGAGAGUGAGAAAGCGAAAGAAGAAGUGACCAAAAAAUCAGAGGUGAUUGUGAGUUAUGAACCGAUCUUGAAUAUGAUCCAGCCGGUGAUAACGAAGGAAGGAAAGAACGAGAUCCCACUGAUUAAAUCAGAUAUGAAAACACAGGUGAUGGCCUGUGACGGAGAAGGUGCACGUCUUGCAUCCAUGGAGAAGCUGUCUCAGAAGCAGAGAAAGAAUGCAAAGAAGAAGACGAGAUGGAGGUUCAGGAACUGGGUUUUUGAUAUACCCGGAGACAAGGCACAGCAGCAGUUGGACGUUAAACAUGGAAAAGACAUGGAGGUUUACGUGAAUGUGGUGCAAAAUCAUGAAUGGUGUAUACAAGAGUUUUACACGUCACAUAUGUUAAAUACAAGGUUUGGGUUGAUAUUCACAAAGAAGAAGAAGGGUAAAACGAAGUUGGAAUAUACGUGGGUGGAAAUCAACCCUGAGCACUGUUCAUCAUCGAAGUACUAUUCACGGGUACUGUUCACGACGGAUAUUAUUCAUCGAACCAGAGCAAUAAGAACAACAAAGUUGAAGAAGGAAGAAAAACAAGUUGAAGCAAGAGGUAGUGGACGAUCCGAUAGCUAUAAGAACGGUUCAUACAACCAAAGAUUGCUUAAGCUUCAAGAAAUCAACUUGAAGAAACAGACGGAAGAGUGGUUGAUAGCUCAUGAUGAAGUGAGUAAGCUUCAAGAGGAAACAAUAAAACGCUUAGGAGAAGCCAACAAAACUAUGGGAGACUUCAAGAGAGUGAAGAAGAAGAAGAAGAAAGUGAAGAAUAAGAAGAAGAAGAAGAGAACAAAUCUAAGGAGAUCGAUUGUUCCUUGGCAAACCAUGGGUGAUGUUGUUGCUAUUGUUGUGGAAGAUGAUGAGAAGAAUGCUGGGGAAGGGAGAAACCGUCAAGUUUUUGAAGAUAUCGACAAUGUUUUUCGAAGAAAUCACCCAAAGAAUGACACGGCUAAGAUCAAUCUUCCUCGUACAUGCUCUCAGCAUGCCCCACUCGUCAAGCUUGUGGUGAAGAGAGUCGUGGUACCAAAGCCAAAGAAAAGAGCUGAGAAACCUAAGGAUGUAGAUGUUAUGGAGAUAAUCUCACACAGUGAUGAAGAACAUGUCUUAGUUGCUGUCCAUGAGAUCGAGAAGAAAUCCCCGGCCGCUAAAAAUAAAACAGCUGUCUCUUACACGUAUGUUCUUACCGCGAGAAGCAAGACUGUUUGCUGUUUUGAGAAGAAACAGAAAGAAGAGAUUUUUGAUGUCGACUCUACUGAUGCUAAGGAUGACCUUGCAUCUGUUGAAUAUGUGGAAGAUAUCUACAGUUUGUAUAAAUCUGUUGAGAGUGAAUGGCGUUCAAAAGAUUACAUGAGGUCAAAGCCUGAGAUUAACGAGAAGAUGAGAAUUAUUCUGGUUAAAUGGUUGGUAGAUGUAUGUGUCAGAUUCGAGCUUAACCCUGAACCUUUUUACCUAACCAUGAACAUCAUGGAUCAGUUCUUGUCUUCUAAGCCAGUACCUAGAACAGAACUGCAGCUAAUUGGAAUCAGUGGUCUUCUCAUGUCAUCCAAAUACGAAGAGAUCUGGCCAUCACAUGUGGAGGAUCUAGUUGACAUUGCGGACCACACUGAAGCAAAAAGUGAGAGCAUGACGAACGAGACGUUGGAUGACUACUUGGGUCAGGAGUGCCCUGAGUUUCUGGAAGAGAUUCUUGAAUUAUGUGACAAUCAAAAGAUACUGUUUGAUAACAAAAACAAAGAUAAGCGCGAGAAGGCUGAGAAGUUUCAGAAGCUUAUGUCACUAGUUGACUCCGUUAUGUUUAAGAACUAUGGAAAACCGUUUACAGAUAAGUUUUUCCAUGAGCUACAGGAAGUGGCAAUCAAACUACAUGAUCAGAAAAGAGAGGUUGAGCGUCUGAAGGGUUAUUCAAAAAGUGAGGUAUUGGAUAAGUUCAAGAUACUUGCUGAACAAGAAACGAGAACUGUGACCAAAACGUUACGAACCGAUAGAGAUGGAAAGCUGGUGUCUUAUGAGUUCCAAGACUACAGCAAUAAACACGGUAUUAAGAGAUACUUGAUUGCACUUUACGUUCAUAAACGUAAUGGAGUGGUGGAAAGGCAUAAUAGGACGCUAGCAAAGAUGACUAAGAGUAUCUUAAAGCACAUAAGUACACUUAACUAUCUAUGGAGAGAGUCUGCGAGAUGUGCUACAUAUUUAAUUAAUAAGAUAGCAAGCAGAUCGUUAGUUGAAAGAUCUUCAUACGAAGAACUGAAAGGGAAGAAACCAAACGUUGAGGUGCUUAGAAUUUUUGGUUACAUUGGUUAUGCAAGGACAGAUUAUGCUGGAAAAGAAAGUCUUUGGAUUUCCGUAACGUUUAUUAUUGGCUUAAGAGAGUUUGGAAGUGAUGGUUCUCAGAACCCUCGAGUUAUGAGGGCAAACAUGAUAAAUCAAGAGGAAUUAGACAAAAAGGAAGAAGAGAAUAAUGACGAUGAGGUUGACUAUGGUGAUGAAGAACAAGAAUGGUCACAGCCUCAGUUUAGGAGAUCAACGAGAAUGAGUGUGAGGCCAGCGUAUCUGAGUGAUUUUGUUCUUAUGACAAAAACAGAGUGUGUACAUUUUUUGGUGAUAAUAAACAAGGAGCAAUGGAUAGAAACGUGUAAGGAAGUGUCAUUGUAUCAAAAGGAGGAAAAAGAUAAUCUGAUUAUCAUGGCUGUGUACGUGGAUGAACUGUUUGUCACGGAUAAGGAACUACCAAUUGUUGGAGCUAAUAGUAGUUAUAAUGUUGCCACAGGUGAUGGCAAAAGUAUGGCAGGACAUAGUUUUUUAUUUGGUGGAUGUCUAGUUACGUGGUGUUUGAGCAAACAAGAGAUUGUGGCGAUUUCAUCAUGUGCACUUGGAAGAUUUAAGUUCAAAGAGAUGAGAGGUGUUGAAGAUUUAUCGAAACUGGAGUUCAAGCUUAAGGGGGAGAAUGUUGGAUUAAGCUUGAAGGAAAAAGGAAACUUGAGAAAUAAGUUAACUUCUAAUCCUACCGAGUUAUGUUUUAAAGGAUUAGGAAAAUAUCCAAUUAUGUUAUACCUAAUGAGUUUAGGUAAUUUGAGUUAUAUAUAAGGAGAUGCAAGUGUGUUGCAUAACUUACGAGUUUUGUGAUUGUGUGAGAACUUAAGGUUUUUGAGUGAGUUUUCCUUAAGAGAUUAAUAAGAGAGUUAUUCUUAUUAUUGAGUUUUAUACGAUUCGAAAUUCUAUAUGCCAUACGCAU